AAAAAAUCAGAAAACAAAAACAAAAAUCUUUCCGCUUGAAUUUUCCCCUGCCCUUAAUUCAGUUCAUCUUCCCUCUCCUUCUUCAAUACUUUCUCCUUUUUUCAAACUUUUGAGUUUUAUCCGCCAUUUUCAAGCUUUAAGAUUCAAAAUUCUCAUUAUCAUUGUUCCUCUUGCUUCAAGAAUCAGAAUCAUAGUUUUACUAGAAUCUCCGUUAUUUUUUCGUUUUCCAUCUGAAAAAUUCUCUUCGUUCUUCCACCUGUUUCUUUCUUAGUUUCGCCACUUUCUCAUUUUCUCUCUCAUUAUCUUGUAGGUUCGAAUAAAUUGUUCUGUUGAGAUUGUUAUAUCAGCUCCCCAUUUCUUGAUUUUCCAUCUCUCCAUAUCUUCCUUGCUUCUCGAUUCUCCCUUUCUGAUUUUGCUGCCCCUUGUUUCUUCCUUUGCUGCCUUUGCUUCUCGCCAUUUCACUACUCCUCUCUGUUCUCACUCGCUUGCUGAUUUCACGGCAUUUCUCGGAACAACCCUAAAUUCGGGAUUUGGGUUUGAAUUUCUGGUUCUAUUUUUAGAGAUAUUGACCACCUUCUGCCUUUCUAAUUUCACGCCAUCUCUCGCUCAGGUUUUGCCAAUUAAUUCAACAAAAUCAGUGGUCAGGUUUUUUGAUUCAACCAAUUUUUCUUCCAUAAUGCUGACAAGGAGAAAGCUUAGAAUUACAAGAAUUCUGCCGGGAUAUUGAAAUUGUGAUCAAAUACACUGCAUUGUCAGUUACACAUUUUUACAAAGUAGCUAAACCUGAGAAGAACUUAUUGAUGGCAAAUUACUAUGGCAUUGAUGAUAUUCUUGCUGAGGAGGAGCUCAUUCCUGUGGUGUUUCAGAAGGCAGCAACUGGAGUAGGACUUCUUGACCCCAGUUCUGAAACUAACAAUAUUGAGCAGGGAGCAAAAGUGGAGUUGCCUUUCUGGCUUGCACAUGAGCUGCAUACAAGACAAGCAGUGGUUAUGAAUAUUCCACCCUGUUUUAAUCAAAUGACAAGAAAGGAAAUCCUGGCUGAUCCUGCAUCUGUCGAUCUUCGUGGCCGAUGUCAAUACUUUUAUGAAUUAGGAUGCAAGAUAACACCUUUGGUUGGUGAUAAAACAAUAGGGUCCUUCCUCUUGUAUGCACUUAAGAACAGGUAUAAGGAAGUGCUCAGCAAGGCCCAUACAGCAACUUUCAUCACUGCUACGAAGCCCCUGACUUUGUUAACCAAAGAAGAAACUCACUUGUGUGAGGCAGCACAGUCCUCAAUGGCAGCCUUCAAGAAAUGGAGAAUCGGAGGCUCUCGAUUUGAAGUUCCUUCUGUUCUUGGGAAGAAGAGAAAACCUUCAGAUUGAUUACCAAUUAUCAGGCCAUUACCGGUAGGUUGGUUGAAUGAUGGAUUUUCUUGGUCUUAUUGCAUCCCAGUAAAAUCAUAGUUGUUCUCUGAGUUUGAGAAGAUCCAUCCAGGAAAAUGCAGCUUUGUAUAAUGCUCUGGUAUUUAUAUGUACUAUUUAGCAAUGUAAUUGGCCUACAUGUACUAUCAAAUUUAUUGGGCUAUACUUUAGGCCCUUAUGCCCUUUAUGUUGAAUUCAGUGUCAUUGGCCAGGUUUUUUGUUACAAAAA